GUGACCUGGCUCUGCCAACUGGCCUUGGGGCCUAAUUCUGGAGAUUUCAGAAGGAACUUCUCUCACCUGGGUAUGGAAGUCUUCAUUCUGCUAGUCCUCAGCAUUGGACUUUGCAAGGCUGUCCAUGGCGAAUUGGGUAAAGAUGAUCCAGAAGUUGUCAAUGCUGUGGCUACAGCAAUAAAAGUACUUAAUGAAGACAGAAGUCAUGGGAAUAAAUUUGCCCUCGGGGUCAUCCUUGAUGCCUACAGAAUAGCAGAUGCUAGAAAAACAUUCCUUAUCAUCUAUCAAGUAAGAGAAACUGCAUGUCCAAUAGCUGCGGAUGAGCCUUGGCAAAAGUGUGAUCUUUUAAGGACCUCAAAAGGACACUCUGGAACCUGCAUAGCUGCAAUUGACAUUAAUGAGUCACAACAAUUUACCUUCAUUGAACAAAAUUGCAAAAUUAAACAAGCUGAAGACAAUAAGAGAUCUCGUGCUCAAGAGUGUCCUGGUUGCCACAACCUGAUUGCUGCAGACAGUCAAGAACUGAACAAGCCUCUGGAAGAUGUUGUGAAACUAAUUAACCUUAAAAGCAGCAGUGACUUUUAUUUCAAAAUUGUGAAAAUAACAAAAAUAUCAGGAAAGAUGCUAGUUGGACACGUAUAUCGAAUUGACUUUAAAGCUCAGAGAACAAAUUGCUCCAAGACUGAAGUUGAGAAGCCAGAUGAGAACUGUACUGCUGUGAAAGGCGGGGAACUGAUGUCCUGCCAUGCCUUAGUUUAUGUGAAACCCUGGGAGCCAUCAGUCAAACCAGAGGUGACCUGCACAGAGAACCAACCAUUACAGACUACUGAAUUGGGAGAAUCCAAUUCUUCAGGGUUUGAACUUACCGUCUAUGAUGACGACGACGACGACGAUACUAUUAAUAAGCACCAUUUUUGAAAAUGAUGAAGUUCUUGGGAUUUCUGGCUGCAUAAAAACAUAACAUUUAAAUACAGCUGCAGCCAAGGUCGGUCUGCUGCAUCAGCUUGCCUAGCUUCUUAACAUUUUGCCAAGUACAGUAGUAUAGUCAAAGGAGAACUGUAAUUCAGUCAGCUCAGUCAGCCAGCAAUAUGCACAACUGCCUUUUGCAGAACCAGCGUUGCCUGCAUUCAGCCUUGGAGGAAAAAAAAUUCUCUGGAAGAGAAAGGGGCCUUUGCAUAUCUAGAGAAGUUCAGUGGUUGAAUUAUGUUACAUUUCUCUGCAGUCAAUCAGGAUGGAAUUUCAAAUAUGAUUAUUUUAUGACAAAUUUACAACAAUGGCACUAAUUCCGUACAAUUAUAUUAAUUAGUCCACUCUUUUUAUUACUGGAUUGACAUACAUUUGUUUGUAUACCUUUCCUUGGUUAUCAUAAAUAAAAGACAUAUAUCAAAA